ACAGAAAGAAACCUCAUGCAGAUCCAGACUCUGUAUGAGUUGUCAUCUGCAGAGGCUGACUGGGUUCAAGGAGAAAGCAGCAUACAUAGACAAAUGUCUCCAGGUACCAGAAUCAGUUCUUUCACUCAGGCGGAUCUGGCAUCACGCAGCAUCCAGUAUGUGCACACCAGUGAAGAAGAAAAACACGCCGACCAGUUCUCCUUUACUGUGUCCGACGGCACUAAUGAGGUUGCUCAGACCUUUUACAUCACCAUAAAACCAGUGGACGACUCGCUGCCGCUGCUCCAGGUCCCCGGCAUGAGAGUCCAAGAAGGUGUGAGGAAGACCAUCACUGAAUUUGAACUCAAAGCCACUGAUGAAGAUACAGAGCCCGAGUACAUAAUCUUCACCGUCGUCCAGCCUCCUCGCCACGGGACCAUCGAACGCACUAGCAAUGGCCGGCACUACCGGCAGACCAGUACCUUCACCAUGGAGGAUAUCUACCAGAACCGCAUCAGCUACAACCACGACGGCUCCAACUCGCUCAAAGACCGCUUCACCUUCACCGUGGCGGACGGAACCAAUGACUUCUUCAUGGUGGAGGAAGCAAACAAGGAGGUUGUAACGGCUGCUCCUCAGAAGUUUAAGAUCGACAUUCUUCCGGUUGAUGAUGGAACGCCACGGAUCGUCACCAAUUUGGGACUGCAGUGGCUGGAAUACAUGGAAAACAAGGCCACCAAUCUCAUUACAAAGAAGGAGCUGCUGACGAUGGACCCAGACACUGAUGACGGACAGCUGUUGUAUGAAAUCACAGCGGAGCCGAAGCACGGAUUCCUGGAUAGCAAGCUCAAACCUGGGAACCCCGUCACUACGUUCACACAAGCUGAUAUCAACCUGGGUCUGAUCCGCUACGUGCUGCAUCAGGAAAACAUCCAGGAGACCAUGGAUAACUUCAAAUUCCUGGUCAAAGACAGCAAACCAAAUGUGGUCAGCGACAACGUCUUUCAUAUUCAGUGGUCUCUGAUCAGCUUUGAGCACAAGAGUUACAACGUGAGCGAAAAAGGAGGGACUGUAGCUGUCACUGUGAAGCGAACCGGUAACCUCAAUCAGUACUCCAUCGUCCUCUGUCGCACUGAGCAAGGCAGCGCUGUUUCCACCAGCAGCACUGGGACUCACCCUGGCCAGCAGGACUACGUGGAAUAUGCUGGACAGGUCCAGUUCGACGAGCGCGAGGACUCCAAGGUAUGCACCAUAGUGAUCAACGACGACAAGGUGUUUGAAGGGAUCGAGAGCUUCAACGUGGAGCUGAGCAUGCCUGUGUAUGCGCUGCUGGGUGAAAACACACGCGCUGUGGUCAACAUCAAUGACACGGAGGACGAGCCGACUCUGCAGUUUGACAAGAAGACGUACCACAUCAAUGAAAGCACUGGCUUCUUCAGCGCCCCCAUCGAGAGGAAAGGCGACUCCUCCAGCACCGUGUCUGCUCUCUGCUACACCGUAGCCAAAUCUGCUAAGGGCAGCAGCCUCCACGCUCUGGAGUCCGGCUCCGACUACAAGAGCCGUGGAAUGAGCAGCGACAGCCGCGUCAUCUUUGGCCCCGGCGUCAGCAUGUCCACCUGUGACGUGAAGCUCAUCGACGACAGCGAGUACGAGCUCUCAGAGGAGUUUGAGCUGGUGCUGUCGGAUGCUUCUGACAAUGCCCGCUUGGGAGACGUGUCAUCAGCCAAGGUUGUUAUCGACGGGCCCAACGAUGCAUCGACUGUGACGCUUGGAAAUGCGACCUUUACCUUCAGCGAAGAUGCUGGAACCAUAGAGAUACCCGUGUUGCGUCAGGGAAGCGACCUAACUUCUGUGACGUCCGUUUGGUGUGCUACCAGACCUUCAGACCCCCCCUCAGCCAGUCCAGGCGUUGAUUACAUCCCCAGCUCCAAGAAGGUGGAGUUCAAACCUGGAAAAACCGAGGAGACCUGCAGUUUGACCAUCAUGGAUGACAUUCAGAAUCCAUCCAUCGAAGGACCCGAGUCGUUUGUUAUCUUCCUCAGUUCUCCACAGGGGGCAGUCCUGCAGGAACCCUAUGAGGCCAAUAUUUUCAUCACUGACACUUUCCAGGACAUUCCUACCAUGCAGUUUGAGAAGACCUCCUAUACUGUUAAGGAGAAGGACACGGUACUUCACCUCCCAGUCAUCCGGACUGGAGACCUUUCCUUCAAGUCAUCGGUGCGGUGUUUCACUCGAACCAUGUCUGCCAUGGUGAUGGAUGACUUUGUGGAAAGAAGGAACGCUGAUGAAUCCCAGAUCACUUUCCUCAAAGGCGAGAAGGUGAAGAACUGCACAGUUCACAUCAACGACGACUCUGUUUUUGAGCCUGAGGAGGAAUUCCAGCUGCAUCUUGGUACGCCGCAGGGUGACCAUUGGAGCGGUGCGAUGGUUGGAGUUAAUGACAUUGUGACAGUCACCAUAACCAAUGAUGAAGAUGCUCCCACCAUUGAGUUUGAACAGGCUUCCUACCAGGUCAGAGAACCUCCUGGUCCAGACGGUGUUGAGGCGCUCAACAUCAAGGUGAAUCGCCGUGGAGACCUAGACAGAACCUCCAAGAUCCGCUGCAGCACCAGGGACGGAUCGGCCCAGUCUGGAGUGGAUUAUAAUCCCAAGAGUCAGGUCCUAAAGUUUACCCCAGGCAUGGACCACAUCAUGUUCAAGGUGGAGAUCCUGUCUAAUGAAGAAAGAGAGUGGCAUGAAUCCUUCUCCCUGGUUCUUGGUCCUGAUGAUCCGGUGGAGGCUGUGCUCGGUGAGAUCACCACGGCAACAGUGACUAUCCUGGAUCAGGAGGCUGCAGGCAGUCUCAUCCUCCCGGCACCACCGAUAGUGGUCUCUCUGGCUGACUAUGAUCAUGUCCAGGAGGUGACCAAGGAAGGCAGUAAGAAAACCCCCUCUCCUGGCUACCCUCUGGUCUGCGUGACUCCCUGUGACCCCCACUACCCAAAGUACUCCGUAAUGAAGGGGCACUGCGACGAGGCGGGAAUCAACCAAACCCAGGUGCACUUUUCCUGGGAGGUGGCAGCACCAACGGACUCAAGUGGAGCUCGUUCCCCAUUCGAGACGGUGACGGACACCACCCCCUACACCAGUGUCAACCACAUGGUUCUGGACAGCAUCUACUUCAGCCGUCGCUUCCACGUCCGCUGCGUGGCUCAGGCCCGGGAUAAAGCCGGUCACCUCGGCACGCCGCUUAGAAGCAACAUCAUCACCAUCGGCACAGACGGCUCCAUCUGCCACACCCCUGUUACCACGGGAACCGCCAGAGGCUUCCAGGCCCAGUCGUUUAUUGCUACGCUUAAAUACCUGGAUGUCAAACACAAAGAGCACCCCAACCGCAUCCAUAUCUCAGUGCAGAUCCCACACCAGGACGGCAUGCUCCCUUUGGUGUCCACCAUGCCGCUGCACAACCUGCACUUCCUGCUCUCAGAGUCCAUCUACAGGCAGCAGCAUGUCUGCUCCAACCUGGUCACCAUCAAAGAGCUGCAGGGGCUUUCUGAGUCUGGCUUCCUGGACGACGUAUCCUACGACAGCAUCUCGCUGGGUCCAGGCUAUGACCGGCCAUAUCAGUUUAACCCCAACGUCCGUGAGGCCAAGAGCAUCCAGCUGUACAAACACCUGAACCUGAAGAGCUGCAUCUGGACCUUUGACGCCUACUACGACAUGACCGAACUCAUCGACAUCUGCGGGGGCUCGGUCACUGCUGAUUUCCAGGUUCGGGACUCGGCUCAGUCCUUCUUGACUGUACAGGUUCCUCUCUACGUGUCCUACAUCUACGUGACGGCCCCCAGAGGCUGGGCAUCUCUGGAGCAUCACACUGAGAUGGAGUUCUCCUUCUUCUAUGACACGGUGCUCUGGAGGACAGGCAUCCAGACAGACAGCGUCCUAUCUGCCAGGCUGCAGAUCAUCAGGAUCUUUAUCAGAGAGGAUGGACGGCUCGUGAUUGAGUUUAAAACUCACGCCAAAUUCAGAGGUCAGUUCGUUCUGGAUCACCACACUCUCCCGGGCCACAAGUCCCGUCUGAUGGCACCCGACCACCUGGGAGGCAUCGAAUUUGACAUGCAGCUUCUGUGGAGCGCUCAGACUUUCGACUCGCCGUAUCAGCUGUGGAGGGCCACCAGCUCCUACAGCAGGAAGGACUACUCUGGGGAAUACACCGUGUUUUUGGUCCCGUGCACCGUGCAGCCAACGCAGCCCUGGAUCGACCCCGGAGAUAAACCUCUGUCCUGCACGGCUCACGCUCCAGAGAAGUUCCUCGUUCCGAUCGCGUUCCAACAGACCAACCGGCCCGUUCCGGUGGUUUAUUCCCUCAACACGGAGUUCCAGCUGUGCAACAAUGAGAAGGUUUUCCUGCUGGAUCCAGCCACCGCCGACAUGUCCAUGGCUGAGAUGGACUACAAGGGAGCCUUCUCCAUGGGUCAGACUCUGUACGGCAGGGUGCUGUGGAAUCCGGAGCAGAACCUGAACGCGGCCUACAAGCUGCAGUUGGAGAAGGUUUACCUUUGCACCGGCAGGGACGGCUACGUUCCCUUCUUCGAUCCAACAGGGACUCUUUAUAACGAGGGGCCGCAGUACGGCUGCAUCCAGCCCAACAAACAUCUCAAACACAGAUUCCUGCUGCUGGAUCGUAAACAGCCGGACGUAUGUGACAAGUUUUUUCAUGAUGUUCCCUUCGAGGCUGAUUUUGCCUCGGACGUCCCAGAGCUGCAGGCCAUGGCCGCGAUGCCUGGUGUUGAUGGCUUCACCAUGAAGGUGGAUGCUCUUUACAAAGUGGAGGCGGGCCACCAGUGGUACCUGCAGGUGAUCUAUGUGAUCGGCCCAGAGUCGCGCUCCAGCCCCAGGAUUCAGCGCUCAGUGACCUAUCUGCUGCACCGACCCAAACGAGACGUGGUGGACCGUAACGGCCGGCUGACGCUCGACGAAUCACUAAUCUACGACAACGAGGGCGACCAGGUGAAGAACGGCACCAACAUGAAGUCGCUUCGCCUGGAGGUCGGCCCGUCAGCCACAUUCAACGCCCAUGUGGGCGGCUCUGUGGGCGGGGGGGUGGCGGCUAUCACCCUGCUGGUCUUGGCGCUGCUGGCCUCCUGCUUCCUGUUCCGCCGCUGCAGAAGGUCGGCCAAAAAGGUGACGAAGGUCCCGAAAACCUGCGAGGAGUAUCCGCUCAACACCAAGGUGGAGGUGUGCAUGGACAAGUGCAUGGAGAAGAACUUCAGUACCAAGCAGUGCACGGUGAGGAACGUCAACAUCAACCGCAGCCAAGAGGCCAACGGCAAAGUGAAACAGGUCAACCUGGAAGUGAAACUCCACAACAACCUCAGCGACGGCACUGAGGUCUGAAGCACUGACGAAGGACUAAUCGGUGAAAAGAGAAUCAAAAUAUCUUAUUUUCUAAAAUACGAUUCGUACUUAAAGAACAGAGAUGUUUUUGUUUAUGUAUUUUUAUACCACAGUGAAAAAGGGAAGAGUGUGACGUGCAGGCGACUGGGCAAACUCAGGAAUCCACAAACUGCUCAGCUGCAUGGUCUUCAUCUUUAUUUCUGUUCUCUUCUAAAUCCAUAUUGGUUUCACAUCCAUCGAGGUGAACAGUAGCUCCACACUGGUGAUUUUUAUCUUCUGCAUCGUUACAUCACACUGAUAUAAACGUCACUCUGCUGUAUGAAGAAGCAGGCAGGAAAAGACCUUCUGCUUUGCUGCAUCUUCACUUCAUCCAUCACGCAACUAGUCCUGCAAUAUAAGAAUCACUAAAACAACUCCUGCAUCUGCUGAAGCGGCUUGAAUAUAAGGCACAAAGGAACGUGCUGGUGUCUGUCGCAGGCUACGCGAGUGCUGAUAACUUAAAAACGAAUGAAACCUUUAAGUGCGAUUAUGUCACAACCUUAGUUACUCCCUUCUUCACGAGAAAGAGCUUUGACUUCUUUCAUUAAAAUGUGUUUUAAGCCUUAUUUACACCUCCUUUACUCUAGAUCACCAAAACACACCUAGAUCUAUACAUAUCAUACCCCGCACAUCAUCUAUCUCUGUUAUAGGGAGCCCUUUGUGUUCUUAGUAAGACCGCAUCAAGACCUCAUUAUGACCUUUCCAAACCCUACCUAUUUUUGCAACAAUCUUCAGACCAUAAGCUUCAAUUAGUUUCUUAACUUGGUUACAGCGAGCCAACUGUGUUUUAAUAAUUUUUUAGGGUUUUUACGGCACUAGUUGUUCAUUUUCUGUAGGUAGAAGGGGGGGAGAGACAUGCAGCGAAGGACCACAGGUCAGAUUCGAACCCAAGUCGGUUGAGGACUAAGGCCUCCAUAUGUGGUUCGCAUGCUCCUACCACUGCGUCACCGAAGCACCCCCAUGUGUGUUCUUAUUAAAACAACAUCAAGACCUUUUACCUUUGCUUAUUGUGCUCUGUCUUGCCAUUGGGGACGCUUGUGUCCCUAAUAAAGCCGGGCAUACACUGUAUGAUAUUUUCAAUCGUUGCAUUCAGCUUUAGCUCAAACUGUGUGGCAUGCCACAGGGUUUAAAGGUUCACAGCUUACGAUGUACAUUCUUGCACUGUACGGACCGACGCUCUAAUGCGAUCUACCUGCUCAUACUGUACGUCAAUCUGGAGGAAGUAGAAACCGAACUCCCCUGUUUGGACAUGUUUAGUGCGUGAAGUUCUGGUAAAUCGGCUCGUAGACGCCCGUAGCUCUGCCUCAACAGCAGGAUUUGUCCAUGAACACCUUACGACGGCCGAUAUCAAAGAUGUUUGAUUUUCUCCCGACCUUACGAU